GUCUCUGUUUUAUCAUUUGAAAUUUUCUAAUUCGAACUUUUCUCAACUCAGAUACUGAAAUCCUUAUAAGUAAACAUAUUAUUUAUUAGUCAUAAAAUAAAAAGAAGAUAUUUUUAAUGAGGUUAUGUUAUUGUCAAUUAAAAUUAAAAAUUAUUAAAUUCUUAUAAACCAGUCAAAUCAACAUGAGUUUAAACAUCAAACCCAACGAUUUAAAACAUUUUAUAAUGUAUGAAAAAAAACCCGUUAUUCUAAAAAACAUACUGAAAUGGAAUAUGUUAAAUUGGACUUUAGAGGAUUGGAAAUCAGUGCUUCAAAACGAAAACUUACAAUUUAGAUAUGGUUUUAAUCAACCAACAGAAGAACCCCAGUGGGAACGCAAAACUAAUACACGCGACGGCGACUUUAAUUACUUUUUAACACAAACUCAAAAUAAUGAGGGGUGGUUAUAUUUUGAUUAUAAACAGUUAAACACCUGGUUUAAAAAUAAUGAAAAACUUAGACGAGAAAUCGACUGGAGUCCUCUGGGCUUCCCGAAUAUCAAACCCGAAGAUUGCACAAUUUGGAUAGGUUCAAAAGGAGCACACACUCCAUGUCACAGGG